CACUAACGUUACAAACUAUACUGAAAGCCAGUGAGUGUUGUAGGAAGAUACUCAGCGAUCAAAAUGUUGAAGCUUUUGGUUAAUAGAGCAGCUAGGGUUUCGACUUCACGCAACCACAACGGUUUUGCUGCAUUCAGUUUCUCUAGAUGUGUUCAUUCAUUGCAAUUUGCAACUGUAGAAGCAGAAGAGGUGUCGGGUUCUAAGCCUGCUGAAGUUUUGAACCUGGUGCAAGGUAAAUGGGUAGGAUCUUCAAAGUGGAAUACAAUUGUAGAUCCCCUAAAUGGAGACGCAUUUAUUAAUGUUGCUGAAGUUGACGAAACAGGCAUUCAGCCUUUUGUGGAAAGCUUGUCCAGCUGUCCCAAGCAUGGUGUACACAAUCCUUUUAAGGCACCCGAGCGAUAUCUCAUGUAUGGAGAUAUAUCUACUAAGGCAGCUCACAUGCUAUCACUUCCUAAGGUUUCAGAUUUUUUUACGAGGUUAAUUCAAAGAGUUUCUCCUAAGAGCUACCAGCAGGCUUUUGGGGAAGUGUACGUGACACAAAAGUUUCUAGAGAACUUUUGCGGGGAUCAGGUUCGUUUCCUAGCGAGGUCUUUUGCUGUACCUGGAAAUCAUCUUGGGCAGCAAAGUCAUGGUUUUCGUUGGCCAUAUGGUCCUGUGGCAAUUAUUACUCCUUUUAAUUUUCCCUUAGAGAUUCCUGUUCUUCAAUUGAUGGGUGCACUUUAUAUGGGCAACAAACCAGUCCUUAAAGUUGAUAGCAAGGUGAGCAUUGUCAUGGAACAAAUGUUGCGCCUGCUUCAUUCCUGUGGCUUACCUGUGGAAGAUGUUGACUUCAUAAAUUCAGAUGGGAAGACAAUGAACAAGCUGUUGCUGGAGGGAAAUCCACGAAUGACCCUUUUUACUGGUAGUUCAAGAGUGGCUGAGAAGUUGGCAGUUGAUUUGAAGGGCCGUGUUAAACUGGAAGAUGCUGGAUUUGACUGGAAAAUACUGGGUCCUGAUGUCCAUCAGGAAGAUUACAUUGCGUGGGUAUGUGAUCAAGAUGCAUAUGCAUGCAGUGGUCAGAAAUGCUCGGCUCAGUCAUUAUUAUUUAUGCAUGAGAACUGGUCUAAAACUUCGUGGUGCUAUCAAGUUGAAAGAUCUUGCAAAGAAGAAAGCUGACAGACUUGACAAUCGGCCCAGUCCUCACAGAAGUAUUACAUGUCUGUCAUUUUUUCUUUUAGUAAUUGAACCAGGAUUUCACAUUUAAGGUAUUUUGUGAUCUGCUCGAAGUUUGUGACAAUCUAUGAUGCAUAAUAUAUGCAAUGUUAUCAAAACUGGACUUAUCAUCGGCUCAGUCAAGGUACCAAGUCAAUACUUACUGUGAACCA